GCGAGCAAGGAGAGCAAGCAAGCAGGGAUGGGUGAACCACACUUGUUUUAGUCCCGUUCAGGCUGCGGAGUGAGCGAGCGCCCACUGCGAGAGGGAGGGACGACCCGGCCGGCCGGCGAGUUUCAAGUGGCCGAGCGGAGCUGCGCUGCUGCUGUUGCUGCUGCUGCUCGUAGUGCUGAAGUGGCUCAUUGAGCACCUGAGCGUUCUGUUUCCUGCCUCUUCACCCUCCUCACACAGUCGCUCAAUGUCACCACUUCUACUUUGACUUUGACCCUCGACAAGUGUGGAACAAGUCCCGGGAGCCUUCGACGGAGACAUCUGCGACGCCUCAAUAUGUACCAGGGGCAUUUGCAGCUGGUGAGUGAGCAACAAGAGAGUCGCCCGCUUCUGAGCCCAUCAAUUGACGAUUUUCUCUGUGAGACCAAGUGUGAUGGGCUUUCCCGCCCAGUGACCUCCAACACAGCAGUUUUAUCAUCAACAUUGGACCUACUGGACCUCAGUGAGCCAAGCGAGCAGAGAAACAACAAAGAGAGGAAGAGUCCUCGUUCAUCCAGGAAAGACGAGCAGAACAGUCCGCACAGGAAAAAGACUCCCGAGACAGAACUGAUCCAGGUGGAGGUGGAACAGAGCAUGAGGACACCAGAGAGGGCAACAUUAGACUCCGCUAUCAGUGGUUCACCGUUGGAUAAAUGGGAAGAGUUGAACCCCAACCCUGAGAGAAACGGUAACCGGAAGUGGAAACUGGAGAGGCGGCGUUCAUCAAAAAACUCUUCAAAUGAAUUUCUGUGGUCCAUUGACUGUAAAACCCAAUUAGAGCCAUUGAAUAAGAACUGCGUGGACGCAAACACCAAAGUGGAGCCUGAGUCUGCCCUAGCGUCUCAACUCAACAGGCAGUAUAUUAGUGGAAGACAUGCUCGUCUAACCAAGGAUCAGCGGUGGGGCAGCGCUCUCCUUUCCAGACAUCAGUCCCUUGAAGAGGAGUUUGAGCGAGCCAAGGCUGCUGUGGAGUCAGAUACAGAAUUCUGGGAUAAGAUGCAAGCAGAGUGGGAGGAAUUGGCUCGGCGAAACUGGCUGACGGAGAAUGAGCAAACCCAGAUUCCCUCCACUGUCUCUCCACAUGAGAAGGGUUACUACUUCCACACAGAUAAUCCCUAUAAGGACUUGCCUAAUGCGUUUGAGGAGGGGCUGAAGAAGUCUCGAGAAGGAGACUUGCCAAAUGCGGUGCUGAUGCUUGAAGCGGCAGUCUUGCAGGAUCCUCACGAUUCAGAGGCUUGGCAAGUGCUGGGGACCACCCAGGCCGAAAAUGAGAAUGAGCAGGCAGCAAUUGUCUCCCUCCAGAGGUGCUUGGAGCUCCACCCCAACAACCUCCCAGCCCUCAUGGCCUUGGCGGUGAGCCUGACCAACACGGGCAUGCGUUACGACGCAUGCGAGGCGCUGCUCCGCUGGUUGCGACACAGUCCCAAAUACAAACACCUCCUGAAGGGCAAAAACCAUCUUGUGGGAUCCCCAAACUCCCAGCGCAGGAUGUCUCAUGCGCCCAACAUCGGCAGGCAUGAAAGCUCCAUGCUACCCGACAUCAAGGAGCUCUUCCUGGAAGCUGUCCAGCACAACUCGGACACCGUUGACCCAGACUUGCAGACGGGCCUCGGGGUCCUUUACAACCUCAGUGGCGAGUUCAACAAGGCAGUGGAUGCUUUCAACACAGCUUUGUCAGUGCGGCCCGAGGAUUACUUGCUGUGGAACCGGCUAGGGGCCACGCUGGCAAACGGAGACCGGAGCGAGGAGGCGGUGGAGGCAUACACGCGAGCUUUGGAGCUGCAGCCGGGAUUUAUCAGGUCCCGCUACAACCUGGGAAUAAGCUGCAUUAACCUCGGAGCACACAGAGAGGCGGCCAGCAACUUCCUGACGGCCCUCAGCCUUCAGCGGAAAAGCCAGAGUCGGCAGCAGUCCCACCAAGUCAUGUCUGGAAACAUUUGGGCCGCUCUCAGGAUAGCUUUGUCCAUGAUGGACCAGCCUGAGCUCUUUCAGGCUGCAAACAUCGGUGAUCUGGAUCUUCUCAUGCGAGCCUUUAACUUAGACAUAUGAGUUAUAAUAGCGUAGGGUCGAGCAGAUUUCCU